UUAAUUGUCAUGUGCUCAAAUUGGAAUUGAAAUUUUAAAGUCUUAAGAUUGCUAUUAUCUUUACAAUUUGAUUUGGUCCAAAUCUAAUUAUUUUCAUGAUGGUUUCACGAAGUAUACAAGCUGACCAUAAAGAUUUGAUCCAUGACAUCGCCUAUGAUUAUUAUGGUCGACGAUUGGCUACAUGUUCCUCAGAUCAAAGUGUCAAAGUCUGGGACAUUGAUGAUGAUGGCCAAUGGACGUGUACGUCUUCAUGGAAAACACAUGCUGGAUCUGUAUGGAAAGUGACUUGGGCACAUCCCGAAUUUGGACAGAUACUUGCCACUUGUUCGUUUGAUAGAACUGCCAUUGUUUGGGAAGAGAUGGUUGGUGAUAAAAACACAAAUGAAAAAAACAAUCAAUCUGUUUGGAUAAAGCGUCACAGUUUUGUCGAUAGCCGAACAUCUGUUACAGAUGUCAAAUUUGCACCUAAACAUUUUGGACUUAUUCUUUCAACUUGUUCUCUCGAUGGAGUCAUUCGAAUCUACGAAGCACCUGAUGUUAUGAAUAUUACCCAUUGGUCUAUUCAAUAUGAAAUUAACUGCAACAAAGCUUGUAGUUCCAUUUCUUGGAAUCCUUCGUUGUUUCGACAAAAUUUUCCAAUGAUAGCUGUUGGCAGCGAUGACAAUAACGUACAAGGGUCAAAAAUUUUGUUCUAUGAGUUUAAUGAACAGGCUCGUGAUUGGCAGCAAAUUAUUGAUAAAACAUUCAAAGAUGUCAACGAAUUGGUACAUGAUAUUGCGUUUGCACCGAAUGUUGGCCGUUCAUAUGAUCUUUUAGGAGCGGCCACCACCAAAGAUGUCAAAAUAAUUUCAAUCAGAUUAAUAGAAAAUGAAAAAGAUUUUGCUGAACCUUAUUCUCAAACUGCAAGUAUGGCCAAUUCGACCAACAAUCCACCGAUUGGAAAUAAACGUCGCUAUAAUAUCAAAGUGAUAGCUUCAUUUGAUGAUCAUGGCUCACAAGUAUGGAGAGUAUCUUGGAAUAUUACCGGUACUUUGAUGGCCUCUUCAGGUGAUGAUGGAGCCGUACGGCUUUGGAAAGCUAAUUGUUUUGAAAAAUGGCAAAAUGUUGGUAUACUGAAAGCCGAUCAAAAUACAAUACAUCCAAAUACGAUCACCGGUAUAAACAAUUACUCUGAUGAUCGUCAACUGGACGGUACUACAUCAUCGGCAACAAAAUUUGUAUUCUCACAAUAAUAAUUUAAAUCAAAUAAAAAUGACAAAUUUAUUAUGACCAAAAA